CAGGGAGCUAUUCUGUACUGACUCAGCAUGGGAUAGAGUGCGUAGAAGACGUUCAGACCAAGCACAGCUAGCGCGUCCCUGCUGGUUCUCCAUUCUGCAUCCGUGCAGCCACGUUCUAUUGAUGGCCUGUUGUGAUUUCAAUGGAACAUCAUGGGAUGUACCUGGCACGUCGGGCAGCACUGGAUGGAGGUGCCUUUAGCCCAAUGUACCUGGCAUGGUAGUAAGGUGAAGGUGAAAGGAAGAGAAGGUGGAGAUGGAACUGCCAAAUCAUGCCAAACAACUGCUACUGCAGCUGAACCAGCAACGAGCCAAAGGUUUCCUCUGUGAUGUGAUCAUUGUGGUAGAAAAUGCCCUGUUCCGUGCCCAUAAAAACAUCCUGGCAGCCAGCAGCAUGUAUUUCAAAUCCCUUGUCCUGCAUGACAACCUGAUUAACUUAGACACGGACAUGGUGAACCCCACCGUGUUCCGGCAGAUCUUGGACUUUAUUUAUACUGGUAAGCUCUUAACGACUGACCAGCCUGGUGAACAGAACUUUAAUGCUCUCCUCACCGCAGCAAGCUACCUCCAACUGCCUGACCUGGCAGCUCUCUGCAGAAAGAAGCUGAAGCGGAACGGCAAGUCCUUUGCUGGCAAGGCCGGUGGCCUUGGUGUUGGGAGAUCUGCCAGGAGUCAAAGACUUUCCACUGCUUCAGUCAUCCAAGCUCGCUAUUCAGGGUCAAAUGAGGGGUUGAAGGGCUCACACUCAAAGGAGCUGUCAAAGGGAAAGCUCUCCGAUGAUGAGGUCUUCAUCAGCAGCUCCAACCAAGAGAACUGUCACUCCUUAAGCAGGGGAGCCAGUAAGAACGGCGCCGGGGGCAGCAGUGCAAAUGGGAGCACGGGCGACCAGGAGCUAGGCCUCGAUCUGUCCAAAAAAAGCCCGUCACUCCCUGCUGCAGCCUCCCAUGAUGACACGCAGCACAGCGAAAGCCAGCAUGGCUCUCCCCAAUCAGCCUCAGCCCCCGCAGCCAACAGUGCCUCAUCGUUCGACGAGUCUGGAGUCGGAGCCCCUCACAGCAUGGCAGACAGCAGCGACCCCAUGGAGAUGGAUCUGAGCGAAGAGUGCCACCACUCGCUGACGGAGGGCAGCCAGCGCAAGGGCCUCCGGCAUUCAUCCCGCAAGAAGGAGUGGAUCAAGAAAGAUAACGCCUUUGACCGAAAGGAGGAGGGCAAAGACAGGGACGAGGGUGAAGGGCUGCCCAAUGGUAUCCUGCUGGGGUCCUUGUCCAAGUCUGUGGAACGGAGUCUGGCUGGGGCCUAUGGUGCAGACCUACCCUACCCGUGUAAGGAAGAGGUGGAAAAUGGUAAGGAGAACAGUGAUGACAGUGGCCAGAGUGAGAGCGAGAGCGGCGGGCAUACUAGUGCCAACUAUGUCUACCGGCAGGAGGGUUUUGAGCCAGUGGCCUAUGGUGACAACCUGUAUGUCUGUAUCCCCUGUGGCAAAGGCUUCCCCAGCUCUGAGCAGCUCAAUGCCCAUGUGGAGACGCACACCGAGGAAGACCUUUACAUCAAGGAGGAAGUCACAUACGGCGGCAAAGAUGAAGCCGAGGAUUUGUCAAACCCCAACCAGUCAUAUGCCGCGGAAUCCAGACCCUUCAAGUGUUCAGUGUGUGAGAAGAGCUACAAGGAUCCAGCCACGCUGCGGCAGCACGAGAAGACUCACUGGCUGACGCGGCCCUUCCCUUGCAACAUCUGCGGCAAGAUGUUCACACAGCGGGGCACCAUGACACGGCACAUGCGCAGCCACUUGGGGCUCAAGCCCUUUGCUUGCGAGGAAUGCGGGAUGCGCUUUACCCGGCAGUACCGACUGACAGAGCAUAUGCGUGUCCACUCAGGAGAAAAACCUUACGAAUGUCAACUGUGUGGUGGGAAAUUCACCCAGCAGCGCAACCUGAUCAGCCACCUGCGAAUGCAUACCUCUCCCACAUAAGCCAAAGACUCCAGAAUGAGCUUCGAGCCCAUCCGCAGUGAUUUACCUUUCUGUAGACUUGCUGCUUAAAAAA